AUUCAUGUUUCUUGAUUUGUCUUGAAACGUGGGUGAUUCUUAGAAAGAUUUCUUCAGGGAAUUUUGAAUAAAAAUGGGAAAAGACCGUGGCAGGGGACGCCAUCAUAAAUUUAAUGGUCCAUACAACAUGGGUAGGCGCGGCCAGAGAAAAGACCGGUUCCAAUCCAAUGGACCCCAGCGCAACAGAUCCACUCCAUACCAAAAAAUCACACUGCGCGAGGACCAGGUGGCCAUCACAGAGUUCACCAAUCCUGAGGCGCCUGGUUUCACCGGCAUUCUCAAGUCACGCUUCUCCGAUUUCCACGUGAACGAGAUCAACACCCAAGGCAAGGUCUUGGAGCUGAACGAUCUGAACGUGCCAAAGGUGGUCAUCCAGCCUGUGGAUCCCCAAGAUUUGGAGAAGUGGAAAAAGGAACUGGAGGGCGUAAUUGGCGCUGAUAUCUGGCAGGAAAUUGCCAAUCUGGCCGAGAGUAAAUACGAUGCCACAGCGGAGCAGAAGGUGGAGAUUGAUGUGAGCAGCCUGGACAAGGAGAAGCGAACCCAAGUCCACCAGCUAGUCAAGCAGCUCUAUAAAGGGAAACUGGUGUCCACCACCAUUGGACAGCAACAGGUGAAGCCCUCAACGGAAGAGAAACCACCAGAGGCAGCAGAGGAGAAGAAAACCAUUCGCAUCUUGAAACCAAAACCAGGAAGAGGCGAUAAUCGCUGGAGCUUUCCUGGAGAAUAUGUCACUUUUCUGGUGCACAAAUCCAAUAUGGACACUGUCGAAGUGGCUUCAACGCUGGCAUCAAAACUUAACUUACGUCCUUCUCAGGUUAACUACUGUGGCACCAAGGACAAGCGCGCCAAAACUACACAAAACUUCUCAAUCAAGCGCCGCUCUCCUGACAGUAUUUUGGCAGCUUCGCGUAGCCUAAGGGACGUGCAUGUCGGCAACUUUGGUUUCAGAAGCACCACUCUUAAGUUGGGCGAUCUGCAGGGCAAUCGCUUCCGCAUUGCAUUGCGUCAUGUAGCUCGUGAGAGGCGUGCCGACAUCGAGAAGUCAUUGGAGUCCGUGAAGGAGCGCGGAUUCAUCAACUAUUAUGGGUUGCAGCGUUUUGGAAAUAGCGCCAGUGUACCCACAUACGAAAUAGGCGUGGCACUGCUUAAGUGCAACUACAAACUGGCAUGCGAACUGAUUCUCAAGCCGCGCGACACGGACGUGGAGUUCCUGCGUCCCAUUCGCGAGGAGUGGUGGACGAAUCGCAACUCAGCAGCGGCAGCUGCCAAGAUCCACUCCGAUAAGUUUAUUGAGAAGAAGCUUCUGGACGGAUUAGCCAGAUUCGGCGAGUCCGAUUACGCUCCUGCUCUCAGGCAGAUACCACGCAAUAUGCUAAUGCUGUAUCCACAUGCCUACCAGAGCUUCAUCUUCAAUAGGAUUGCCUCGAAAAGGAUUAAGGAGUUUGGCUUGAAGCUAAUUCCAGGAGAUUUGGUUUAUGUGGAGGAUCCACCAACACCGCAACAGGAGAAGGAGGAAGUGAACGAAGAGGAGCCCUCAGGGGAAUCUACGGAUGAUCUUUCAGAAAGUGCCCCUGAUGCUGUCGAAGAGGAUGAGGAAGAGUCUAUUUUUAAACGCAAAGUUCGACCAUUAACGGAGGAGGACAUUGCCAGCGGGCAAUUUAAAAUAACUGAUGUGGUGCUGCCUCUGCCAGGACAUGACAUUACCUAUCCUGGCAACCAGUGCCGAGAAUGGUACGAGGAAAUGCUGGCCGAAGAAGCCCUCACCUCGGAGAUGCUCAAGCACAAGGAUAAGACGUACUCUCUGGGUGGAGCUUAUCGCAAGCUGAUCAUUCAACCCAACGAUCUCAAAUGGAGCUUCCGUCGGUACAACACGCCCGAAGACACGCUCAUUGCCUCAGACUGGGAGCGCCUACGAAACAUUCCCAUUACAAAGGAACCCGAAGAGGAGGAGGCCGAAUUUUUGGCCCUGCUUUUGGAAUUCUCCUUGCCCACGGCCGCCUAUGCUACUAUGUUCCUGAGAGAGCUAUUCAAAAAGGAUACCUCAACGGCGAUACAAAUGCAUUUGGAAUAUGAGGCGAUGACAAAUAAAAAGAAGGAACUACUGAAGGAGGAGAAGGAGGUACUGAAGGAGGUACUGAAGGAGGAGAAGGACGUACUGAAGGAGGAGGAGGAGUUACUGAAGGAGAAGAAGGAAGCCCUGAAGGAGGAGAAGGAACCGGAAGAGGAGGAGCCAGUGGAGAAGAUGAGAAAGGUGGAGGAGGAGGAGGUGGCUCAGACCAACUGA